CUCGGUACCGGUUUACCUGCAUUGAAAGUACUAUAACGACUGUGGAUCAAGAUCUCUCAUCAACGGCUUCGAACUGUGCUCAAAUAUAUGCGGCUUCUAGACCACUGCCUCUUUCUCCAAUGAUGCCAAAAAAGAAGAAAUAUGGCCGUGGCGUUAAAUGCUUCGGCUCAUACGAACAGUACUUAUAGUUCUUCGAUAAGGCGCAGCUCUAGUCCCCGUAUCCUACCAUUGCACCAUUGCAACAAUGAACACAUUCGACCCAGAUCGAGCGAAACUAUCUGAAGAGGUCGAGACCAUAUUCUACGCGCACCCGGGACAGUAUGUCCGGGAAGUUGUCGUUGCCGGGGUGAGCGUUGGUAUGAACCCACACGAAAGGCUUCUCCGAGCCUGGCUCGUGUUAAGCAAAGCUGGCGAGAAGGCGGGGGAUCCGGCCGUGGUUGACGCCCUCAGACGGUGGACCGAAAGACAUUUGGUAAAGUCAAAAUGGCUCCAUGGAGGUAUUGAAGUUGUCGGAGAGUUGCCAAAGUCGUCCACUGGAAAGACGUUACGGCGCGUUUUGGUAGACGAUUAUGAACGGCGGGUGGGCGUGAUGGUAAAAGGAAAACUUUGAAUACUAUUCUAUUAGUCGAUACUUCGUUGCUGAUAAAAAUUCUUGCCAUUCAAAUCGCGGUCCUGUUCGUCUAAUCGGUUCUUUUGUAUUGAUUCAACGUGCAUAUCUGUAUCUAUAUUCCGACACCAACUACUUCAAGUUUACUUACUCACCUUCUCUAUCUUUUUCAUCAAGCGAAAAUGACAUCCCCAUAUUGACAAA